UCCUCCUUACUGUUCUGGUUGUUGCCUUACAUAGCAGCCCCGUCGGCGAGAUCAACGCGAGUCUUAGGCGGAUGGCCAUCAAGCUUAGCAUUUCCCUUCGCUCUUCAGAAUGUUUUCUACAAACACCAAGUGCGCAGUGAGCUACAGAUGGACGAGGCCGGAUACAUCGGCGCAUACGUAAACAAAAUUCAAGCCACACACACACACAUGCGUGUGUGUGUUUAAGGAAAGACAAGAGAAAACAACAAGGGAACAACACAACGUUUGUGGUGGAAUCUGACUCGGCGCCCGAGUUCUGUUUUACUGACGCGCCACUUGAUUGGUUUAAUACUGCGAAUAUGUCCCACAACUUAGAAGAACAAAAGCUGCACCGUUGUGCCUUAUGCGGCGUGACAUUCAGGAAAAAGUUUAACCUAUUAAUUCAUGAAAAAAGGCACACAGGGGAGAAACCCUAUAAAUGUGAAGUAUGUGGAGCCACUUUUCCCCGGAAAGGGAGUCUGCAGCGGCAUCUUCGGACACAUACUGGCGAAAAGGUGCACAGCUGCACGUCCUGCGAUAAAACGUUUGCUUACAAAAGUAGCCUCGUACAGCAUUACAAGUGGCAUGCUGGGGAAAAACCCUAUGAAUGCAACGACUGCGGCAAAACUUUUACCAGGAAGAACACUCUGAUUCAGCACAUCCCUUUACACACUGGAGAGAAACCCUUCAAGUGUAACUACUGUAACAGUGUGUUUUCCCGAAAGGUUAGACUACUCCAUCACAUAUGGCAACACAAUGGAGACUGGCCUUACAAAUGCAGUUAUUGUGACAAGGGAUUUCCCGACAGAAAUGCUUUGGUCACUCAUCAGAGAAUCCAUACAGGCGAGAGGCCCUACAAAUGCAACGUGUGUAACAAAGGAUACACAUCCAGGAGUAACCUGGGUCGGCAUCUGAGGUGUCACAACAACUCCCAAGAUGAAUAUACAACCUCCUCAUCCUCUCCGAUUCCAGCGGAGAACAAUUUGACUCACAGGGAAGACGAAAAAUUGAUGUGCCACAUUUGCCCACACCAAUUUGCCUCCCGACGUGAGCUGGCUAAUCACAUGAAGAGUCACACACAAGGGAAACGUUUUGGGGCCGAAAGUGAAAAGACGUCAGGGAUCCCAGGGUCUUUUUUCAAUGAAGAUACAACAGAUUCACAAACAACAGGCGAGAAUGACCGGCUUACUGAACAACUACGUACGUCGACAAUCCUCAAGGAAGACCAUGCUUUAGAAUGCAAGCUGAAACGACUUUCUGUUGCUCCUGACGAUAGGAAAGCGACGGACACCAGUAGUUACCAACGCAAGGCCUCUUCAAAGAGAUAUCACCCCAGACAGCCAUCGAUUAGCCACAUUUCCAGUUCAACACCACCUCUCAGGCGUCGAGACCUGCCUCCUUCCAACCAGAGGGCUAAGGAAGUCACAGCUGCAGAGGAAAGAGGGGAGUUGGGGGACCACAGGAAACCCAGAGAUAUGCAAGGACCUGUCCGUCGCAGCAGGGAUACCCUCGCGGCGCACGCAUCAAAGACAGAGAGAACCCUUGUUUUCGAUGUCAGAACCGACUGCCUGACGAAAGCAGAGUGCGACCGAAUCCUCUUUUCCUCGGGCACCGUGCGUAUCAGAAGUCCCUCGCCUUGUGAGAACUGCGCAUUCACAACAAGAAAUGACCACCUGUCUUUGGACUCGGACAGGGAAAAUACCGACGGGGAAACAGACCACACACUAAACAAUUUAGCGAACAUAGAUGACGUUCAAAGGCUGGAAAACAAUGCAGUUGUGCAAAUGGGGUCUCCCAGUACCACGGAAGCAAAAGGUGGACGCUAUUUAGCAGUGAAAAAAGAAAAGGCGAAUGUGGACCAGUAUUUUGGACACCAUGACUAUUAUCCCUCUGUCAAAGAAGAAAUAGAGUUUACUGAAUUUACUGAUGAUACUUUUUAA